CUGGGAUGGGGCUUUUGCCUUCUGCCCUGCGUGUUAUAAAGAAAGACAGCAGUUGCUCUCACCUGUUUAGUUGCCCUUCUCUAGACACGUUCCAAGGCCUCAAUGUCUUUCUUGUAGUGAGGAGCCCAAAACUGAACACAGUACUCAAGUACCUUCUUGGCCACCUGGUCACACUGUGGGCUCAUGUUCACCCAAGCAUCAACCAACAUCCUCAGGUCCCAUUCCUCUAAACAGCCAUCCAGCCACUCUGCCUCAAUCCUAUAGCGCUGCAUGGGGUUAUUGUGGCCAAAGUCCAGGACCCGGCUCUUGGCCUUGUUGAUCCUCAUCCCAUUCACCUCAACCCAGCGAUUCAGCCUAUCCAGAUCCCUCUGGAGGGCUUCCCUACCAGGGAAUUUAGAGCCGUCCCUCCCAACUCAAACCAUUCUAUCAUUCUAUGAUCCCUGACAGUGUUUGGUGUUUUGGUGAUGCAGCGUUGAUUGUUUCCAUUAAUAACUUGAGAAAUGCUCCUCAGGGACUCAGCUGCUCCCAGUAGGACUGUGCUCCAGAGCCUUUGCUGCCAUUCCAUGGACAUGCUCCAAAAUAAACAAACAGGGAGUGGACAGCAAGGCACAAGGAGAUGGAAGUAAUAGGGAUGAGCUCUGUGGGGUCUGUUUCAUGGCAGCUCCCUUUUCCCCUUUCCACCUCCAUGCAGGAUUUACAAGAAGGAUGGUUUUCCACGGGGGAGAGGCAGAGGGAUGAAGCUGUGGAGCUGGGAUGUGCAUCUUUUCCUCUGGAAAUGAUGGGAAUGCAAAGCUCCCCAGCAUGAUGCUGCAUGGAUGGAUCUGACCAGCUGUCUGUGAAGGACACUUGGUGUAUGGAACUUCAGAUCCGUGCUAUAUCACGCACCAGAGGUGCAGUGGACUCAUGGAAAAUGAGGCUGGCCAGGUCCUGGAAGAGCUGUUUGCUCAUCCUUCUUCCCCGCAGAGGGAUCAGCUCAGCCUGAGUCACUCCUGAGCAAUGCUUGUUCAUCCUGUUCUGAUAAACUUCCAUUGCUGGCAGCACACCUCCCCCCGGGGGCGGCUGUCCCAGCCUAUUCCUAUCACCAGAAAACUUUUUCCUUUAUGAGAUGUAAAUCUCCUGUAAUUCACUGGCCUUCCUCCUGCCUUGGGCAAGUAACGGGAGCCCAGACUGUGAGCUGCUUUGUGGAUCUGCUCCCUGAGUUUAGUGUCCCGCUGGGACAGAGUGAAGAUAAGGAUAAGAUCCCAGGGAAAGGGGCUGUGUCACGCUCAUGGUUUUCCCUCUCCUGUGCCAGAGACAUGAGGGAGGAAACAAGCUGUAUCCCAUAUGAAUCAUUAGAAAGACCCUUGGCACAGCUGUGGCCUGGAGCAGUGAGUUCCUUCCCACCUGCAGGAUCAGUUUUAGGGUGGAACUGGGGUUCCUGAGGUCUGUUCUCCCAAGCAGUUUGGAUGUGGCCAUGAAUGAGGCCAUGAGCUUGUGAGCUCAGACCCUUCGUGUCUGGACUGUAAAGGUGAGGAAUCCAUGCCGGCCUCCUCACCACUGCUCUUCCACUAUCUGUUCUGUUGCAUGCAUUGGAUCAAGUCUAUUGUCCCUCUUCUUCUCUCUUGGUCUACAGCAGAAGGCACAAGGCACUUGGGAACAGGUUUGAAUAUGGGCAACAGCUCUGUCUCCUUUGUCCUCUCCUUAAUUUUGGGGUGUGAGGGGGUUUGGGCAAGCCAUUGCUGUAGGGUCUGUGUUAUUCAUCUCCCAGAGGGUCAAUGAUAUGCCAAGGUUUCCAAGGGAAGAUUCAUCUGUUCUAAGAUCUUGGGAGAUGAAUUAACAGGGGAAAAAAAAAGAAGGGGAUAAAUCAUCCCUGUCACGUUGGCUUGAAACUCCUCCCGCUGUGAGUUUGCCCUUUCCCACAGCAGCUCUGGGGCUGAGGAUGUGCUGUUAGGAUGCACACAGGGAGGAGGAGCAUCUCUUUCUUCUCUUGGACUGGGGAGGAGGGGACAUGGAUCCGUCCACACUUUGUGAUGUGCUCUUGUGCCCUAGGAAUAUGGGGAAGGGGGAGGUUUUGUGAGGCUUCAGGGAGAUGUUCUGUUCAUCAAUGGGGUCUUUGAAGCUUUAACAGAGUCUCAGUCCCAAUGUUAAGUGUCUCUGACUUUCUCUCCCUUAAAUUUUAGUGCUUGAUUUGUCCCUCCUGCUGUGAUUUCUCCUCCUGUUGAUAUCCUGCCUGAAACAAGUAUUGCUUUCUAUUACAUAAUGACUCUACGUUAUAAUUCAGGUUGGAUAUUGGGAAAAAUUACUUCUCAAAAAAGGCUGGUCAGGCUCUGGCAUGGGCUGCCCAGGGAGUGGGGGAGUCGCCAUCCCUGGAGGGGUUCAAGAAACAUUUAGAUGUGUUACAAAGAGACAAAUACUGGGGUUAUCCUGGGACUCGGUGGAUGGUUGGACUGGAUGGAGGUCUUUUCUAACCUUGGUGUUUCUGUGAUAAUCAGUUCUAAAGGUUCUAAAGGCAAAGAAAACUGAAGAGAAGCAUUUGUGCCAGGGCUGGGAGGGAAAGAUAAAGGAAAAAGGAAAUGGAAAGGCCAUCUUGAAUAUCUGUGUGCGCGUGGGGUCAGCAGGGCCUGGUACCCACCACGUACAUGGCAUUAUAGGAUCAUAGAACUAUACAACGAUGGAGUCAUAGAAUCAUCAAGGUUAGGAAAGACCGCUAAGAUCCCCAACCCAUCCCCAUUGCGCCUACUCAGCGCCACUUCUACUCUUUUCUCAUUGCACUGUUGUAUUUUAAAGCAAAUCUUAGGUUCAGAACGCCUCUCCAAAAGAACUUUGUUUAUCCCUUGGAGAAGGAGCCGGUGCAGAGGACUGCAGCGUGUCCAGCUUUAUCGUGAGCUCAUCACAGCUCCCUUAAACCCCAUCCAUUUCCACUGGGUCGGUGCUCACAGCAGCACCCCUAUAUUGCCUGUGUGCAGAGGAGGAGGCUCAGAGAAAACCAGCGGAGGCACAUCCUUUGUACUGGUUGCUAUGGAAAUCUCUUGUGUUUCUCUUCUGCUUCUUUUCAUCUAUUUACCGCGGCACUAAAACAAUUUGUCUUUCUGGCCUCUUUCAAUUCAAGCAUCAGCUCCCUCUCUGGUGAAGACCUAUGGCCAACCUGGACAGCAAGAGAUGGCUGCAGGGGUGGGGGUGAAGCCCUACACCUUUGGGCCUGCUCGGAAGACUUGCUGCUGGGGAGAGCAAGGAGAGAUCUCUGCUCAAGAAACAGCUGAGAGUGGAGGCGCCUUUGAUCGGAGCGAGGCGAACCCCGACGGGCACCGGCACCACCGGGACCGGCACCACCGGGACCUCCGCGGGUAUCGCUACCAUCGGGCUCCGGUACCGGGACCCCCAACACCGGCACCACCGAGAACCCCGGUCACCGACACCGAGACCUCGCCGAGCACCGGGCAUCACUCCCUCUGGGUAUCCCCAGCACUGACACCGGGACAGCCCCGAGCACCGGCAACGGGAGCAGCGCCGGGAUAUCGGGCAGCCACACGGCAGCAGCCGGGCUGUGUCAGCACAGCACCCACCGGGCGCUGGGACCGAAGCUCCCCGGGCACCGACCGCCGGGCUGCGAUGCUCCCCGGUGCGGGUCCCCUCGCUUUCCUCCUCCGGUGUCUGCUGCUGCUCUUCGCCUCCGAGAGCCGAGCACGGGCUCGGCCGGAUAUGUUCUGUGACUUCAAUGGCAAGAAGUACAGCCCAGGUGAGAGCUGGCACCCCUACCUGGAGCCACAGGGGCUGAUGUACUGCAUCCGCUGCAGCUGCUCCGAGAAUGGCAACACCAGGUGCUAUCGGAUCCAGUGCCCUGCUCUGCAAUGUGCCAGCCCCGUCACAGACCCCCAGCAGUGCUGCCCACGCUGUCUCGGUAUGGGGCCAUCCCAUGGGGAGGGAAUGACAGGAGAAAAGGGGAAUUUAAGGACGAGAGAGCCAAAUUCCCCUUCUGGUCUCCGGGCACCUGUCAGGUCCUGUCAGUACAAUGGGACGACGUACCAGCAAGGAGAGAUGUUCACCACCACUGAGCUUUUCCCAAGUCGUCAGCCCAACCAGUGUGUGCAGUGCAGCUGCUCUGAAGGCCAGAUUUACUGUGGCUUGGUGACCUGCCCAGAGUUGCUGUGCUCCAAUCCCCUAACCGUGCCAGACUCCUGCUGCCAGGUCUGCAAAGAUGGCUCCUAUGAGAAGUCUGCGGAAGAGGAACCCCUGCAGUUAAACAGAGGUGUUAGGCACUCACAAGACCAGUGCUUGGGGGAAGCAAUGGGCAGAAAGCCACCCGGAGCCACCGCGUCCACCAUGCUCAGUUCCUCACUGGAGUUCAUCCCCAGGAGCUUCAAACCCAAGGGGGGAGGUGGCACCACCGUGAAGAUCGUUUUGAAAGAGAAGCACAAGAAAGCCUGUGUUUACAAUGGGAAGACCUACUCCCAUGGAGAAGUGUGGCACCCCGUCUUCCGGCUCUAUGGGCUCCUGCCUUGCAUCCUAUGCACCUGUAGGGAUGGUGUCCAGGACUGUCAGAAGAUCACAUGCCCCAAGGAAUAUCCAUGUGACUCACCGGAAAAAGUAGAUGGGAAAUGCUGUAAAAUAUGUCCAGAAACCAGAGUCAAACCCACUGAUGAAAUCAUCACUGAGCGAUGUGGCAAGACCCCCAACCACGUCCUGGUGUACAUGUUUGUGCCACCGAGCUCCGAGAACUCCAAGGAGAUCCUGAGGACAGUCGCUAUCGAGAAGGAGCUGGCGGAAGAGGUGGAAAUCUAUAACUGGAAGCUGAUUAAAGGGAUAUUUCACUUGAUCCAAACCAAGAAGAUCAGCAAACAGGAAUUCAAGCAAGAAGCGCAGAACUUCAGGCUGAUCGCCAGGACAAAUGAAGGUCACUGGAACAUCUUCCAAGCCCAGACGUCAGAGCUGAGGAUGACAGAGAGUCCAGAGAAAGAAACAAAGAACUUGUAAUGAAAACAAACAAACAAACAAGAAACAACUUUAACUUAGCUAUUGAUUUAUCUACACCCACACACACAUACACACCUACACAUAUAUACGAAGAGAAGUUGCAUUAUUUAAUAGACUGGCACAGCAAUAAGAGAUACUCUAGUGUAAAUGGCAGCAGCUCCAGCAGAUGAACCCAACCCAACCACCAGCACCGUGUCCAUGCCGAAGCCACCAUGGCAACAUGAUGUCCCUCGGGGUGCUCCAGUGGGACUGGAGGAGGCCACCGUGUCUCCUGCUGCUGAAGGAGCCGGGUGGGCAGAGGGGGAGUGCAAUGUGAAGAGAGGAGGCAUUUCGAGGAGCAUGGAGCCAGCGACCAAGCGGGAUGAGAAUGUGCUUCAGAUCACUGCCGGCGUUGUGAUGACCUGCAAGGAGAGAAGACGUAGCCCUUGUCUCCUUUCUUGGAGGCCUCAUGAUCUGCAAAAGUGGUUGUUUUUUUUUUUCCUUUGGCCAAAUACCCUCCAAAGCGUAUUGAAAAAUCUUGAGUCUUUCCUCCUGAUUAAUAGGAUUGUAGAAUGGUUUGAGUUGGAAGGGAUGCCUAGAGGCCAUCUGGUCCCAAUGCUCUGCAAUGAACAGGGGCACCCACAGCUCCCUUGGGUGCUCUGUUCCGGCCGUUUCCCUUCCUUUGCAUGUCAUUUUUGGAGGACCCACCUGCUGACAUCAUGGAGGGGAGCCAGGGGUUUGGGGUGGUGGCACGAAUUUAGGUCCAGCAGCACCAAAACUGCUUCUCAUGGUGUGGGGAUGGAGGAGCUGCCACCCAAUCACUGGCACCACCUCUUUCUGUCCCCUGUCCCCCCCUGCAAGAAUGUAACCUCCAGCACUCGCUGCUCGCUGGCUCUGAGACUCCAAACACUGCACUAACGAAGCGUGUCAUUAUGCUCUAUAUUUAUCUAUAUCCUACAUACUAUCUUCUGGGCUGUAUUCACAGGAGGAGCAUCUCCCAAAGGGCAAACAGGGCCAUUCCUGCAGCACGGAGAGGAGGGAGUACAGCAGCACCGCUCUCCCCCAGACUGGAAAUAGCUUUGGGGGAUUUUCAGGUCGUUUGGGUACAUGUAUUUAUCCCCAGUUUUCUUGUUUUAUUCUGUUUUGAUAAAUCUAUUUAUUUGGAGAUCCGGAUCUGUCGGGUCAAUCUGAUUAAAGCGCCUUUUUGAUUCA